AUGCGCUUCCGGGCCCGCUCUACUCUGAUGGCGUUCCUGCCGCUGAUCGCCUUCGUGGCGGUUCUGCUCGUCAUCAGCUGCGGCGGAGUCACGGCAGUGAAUCCGUCGAGCUUCAUGGGCGAGGUCGACAACGUCGCGCGCGCCCUCCGAUCCGCUGCAGGCGAAGACAGCCUGUCGACAAUCCGAGCCAACGCCCUGGUCCUGCAACGCCAGCUGGACAGGCAGACGACACGCGACACAAUCGCGGCAGCACUCACGGCGAGCCGUGAAAAGAACCUGCGCUACUCUGCCGACAUCGAGCGCUACCUCGACCACGGACUGGAUAGGAAGCGGCUGGUAGAGUCCAGGAAGAGGCUUGAGGCCCUCGCGAAGAGGUACCAGAGCAUCCGCAUCCGCGCCAACAACCUCAAGGGAAUGAUCGACGCCGGCGUGUUCGGGGACGCCGGGCGACCCUCGUCGGCUUCAUGGCUCUGGCAGCAGUACGCCGAGCUCCUCGGUGAGCUCGCGCCGAAGCUGCGACAGCACCACGAUAUCCUCAAGUCGCGGCUCGAUAUACUGCGAGAGGGCGACCAGCUCGAGCAACUCCGCGGUCUGCAGGAGAUUGAGAACAUGCUCCACCUGGACUCACGCAGCAAUCUCUGGCCUACCACCAGCCACGGGGUCGGCAGCUCUGGUAGCGGUCCUUCUCGCGGGUAG